AUGUCUCGCAUGCUUCUGCUGAGUAUAUCCAUAGUUCUCCUCAUGGACACAGGAGACAGAGUGCUGACAUUUAGCUUGAUAAGAUUUUGCAACCUAUGUGAUCGCUUUGAUGGAAGCAAAUGCCUCAGUGGCAUGAAAAGUUGCUGGAAGUUUGACCUGUUGCGGUACAACAGGACUUGUACCACAGAAAACUUUUAUUUUAGUAACCGUUUCACAGGGCUAUACCUUUUUCGUUACUCAAAACUGUCCUGUAAAUCCUGUGCACAUGGAAUGUUUCAAGUAUUCCAUGACCUUCUGAGAGAAACAUUUUGCUGUAAUGACAGGAGCUACUGUAAUAACGGCAUUGUCACCUUAGAGACCUCAUCAUUAUAUUUAGAGGAUAUGAGGGAGAAGAAAGAGGUGAAUGACUGA